AUAAUUAUAACGAUAUUAUUAGUGAAUGAAUAAUGUAUUUACAAAUAGAUUUAAAUAAUUUUUUUAAAAAUGUUAAUUAAGAUUGUAGUUCUAAAAAAAUUAAUAGAAAAAAUAAUUAAAUGAAUAAUGCAUGUAGUUAUAAAUGAAAUUAAUACAAUUUAUAAAAUGUAUUAUUUUAAGAAGAUGAUAAGGAAAACAAUGAACCUUCAAUGUCUCAGAACGAUCCAUCUGAGGAGUCGUCCACAAUUACUAGUAAGGAUACAACACAUAUUUUGAGAUUGGCAGUUGCUCUACACAUCCUGCAACAUAACCUGACUGGAGCUAUGGAGAAUAGAUUAACUCCAACACCUACAGAAAUUACUGAGGAAACAUUGAAGCAGGCCAUGGUUUUAUAUAAUGCGGUUUCUCAACAGAAGGCUCUUUUUGUACAGUCAGUACAAGCAUUUGAGAAAGAAGUCUCCAAUUUAAGAAUAAAAUCGGUGAUGUCCUUUAGGGAAAGAGUCUUUAAGGCAGUAUGCAAGGCAAAGAGCCCCUGUGUGUCAAUAAGAUAUUUGCAGCAGCAUCUUAAGGGAUCUUUAUCCCAGAAUAUCAGAAUUGAACUAGAGCAUUUGGAAAGGUUGGGAUUUGGGAAAUUAAAAGCAUUAAAGACAAGGCAAGGGAAAAAAGAUUUUUUCAUGAAGAUCCAUCCAAACUGCAUAGACGAAGAAAUUGGGGAACAUCAGAAGAUGCUGACCAACGCAGCCAUUAGUAUUGAAAAUUAUAGGACCAACUUCAAUGACGACUCAACAAUCGGAGCAGAUGUUAAGGGGUUUCUUAUGCAGAACCAUCCACAAUCGGAGAUGAUUGAGUUUCUAUGGUGAUUGGGAAGAUUGUGAAAUAUUUUUUGUUAUGCAGAAACAUACACAAUCAGAGAUGAAUGAGUUUAUAUGUUGACUGGGAAGAUUGUGAAAUUUUUUUUUUAUAAUUAUAAAAUAUCAUUAUUAGCGGGUGCUAUAUUAAGCUGUAGUCUGUUGACAUGUCGACCCGUAGACCUGUUGACCUGUAGAACUGUAGACUUGUUGACCUGUAGACCUGUUGACCUGUAGACUUGUUGACCUGUAGACCUGUUGACCUGUAGACCUGUUGACCUGUAGACCUGUCGACCUGUAGACUUGUUGACCUGUAGACCUGUUGACUUGUUGACCUGUUUACCUGUAGACU